UGUAAUUGAAGGAUGUGGCACGACGACUCUCUGCUCCUGACGAAUAGCGUGUUCUAUUACAAUCGACUUCGGAUGAAUCCCUUCUAUGACCAGUAAUGUGUCCUCCAUUAAGUGGGAAAGGAAUCGGUUCUAAAAAAUGUAUGACGUGGUCGCAGGGAAAAAAGCAGCAAAAAGUUAAAAGAGCUUAGGGGUAGGAUAUUUCGGCAAUAAUCCAAAAAAUCGAAAAUUGGCCUCAUAUCCAUCGUAAUGCAUAAGAGAGAGAGAAAGAGGGAGCCUCUCUUGCCCAGGGCCUAAGACCUAAGCCGACCCGCCCAUAACCCCACGCUAACUCUGAACGCGAAGAUAGAACUCUAAGCCCAAUCUUUCUCCCAAGACCUCCUUCUGCUUUCCCCAUCUCUCUCCCGAGACCUCCUUAUGCCAGUCAUCUCUUUCUCCCAAUCUUUUGUAUCGUAGUGCAUGAGAGAUGGUCUCUUUCAAAACGCUUGCUAGUUGUUGUUGGAGAUCUGGUAGUUAUAAAUCUGCUUGGAUUGGUUGUUGAAAUUCGGUUUCGUUAGACAAUUUCAACGCGUCACUAUCAUCUUUUUAGUACUAAAUCAGUAUCUUUUAACACAGUACUGUAUCUUUUUUUUUAGUAUCUCAGUACCUUUUGAGGACAUCAGUAUCUUUUGACAUCACGAGUAUCCUUGACGCUUACCCCUUCACAGGUGAGUCAACUCCUAUCCUAUCCUAUCAGUAUCUUUGGUCAUAGUAGUACUAGAACAGCUCCACAAAACAUUGCUCUGAUAAUUUUCUUUUUCUUUCAUCUUGCUAUCCAUCGUCACCACCAUCGUCAUCAUCUUCACCAUCUUGUUGUUAUUGUUUCUAUACUCCUAGGGUGUGGCUAUCUUGUUUUUUUCUGCUUCUAGUGUCAUCAAAAUUGAUUUCUACCAGAUCUUGUUUUUUUCUACUUCUAGUAUGUGUUACACAGCACCAAAGAUGAAAUAAAGGAAAAUUGUUGUUUCUAUACUUCUAGUAUGUGUUACACAGCACCAAAGAUGAAAAAGAAAAAUUGUUGUUGUUUCUACUUCUAUCUCUAGUGUGUGCUACAUCACACAGAGACAGAAAAACAAAAACUAGAACGAGAAAAAAUGGGGAACACAAUCUCGAAGCAUCUUACUCGAAGCCCGUGGGCGGUGGCUUUGAGCAUUCAUCUAUUGUUCGAAGACGCUCCAAUCAUCGGGAACGCUCGAAGACCGACGCGAACUGCGUUUUCUCUGUUAAGACUAGAGAUGGUUCAAUCAUCUUUGACACGAGAAUUGUAGACUGCACAUCUUUUACACGAGAAUUGUAGACUGGCCGUCCUGCUUCAGGAUUCUCGCGGGGUUGAAGUAUAUUUAAGUAUGCUACGGGGUUGAAGUAAAUAUGUAUGCUAGAAUUGUAGACUCAGGUAACAAAAAGAAGGUAGAAAAAAACAAUCCGUGGAGGUCCUCUGAAUGAGUGAAUGAGUAUCCCUGAAGAACAACAACAGAACAUCUUUGAGAACAUAAUGCAUUUACUUAUGAAUGCAUCUAACCCUCUCCCUCGAUGAAGUAGAGGAGGCUGAUGAAGCAGAUGAAGAGCAGCAGGAAGCGCAGUUCUCGUACAGUAAGUUAAGGGCAGUUGUCGAGUUGCAGCAUCCUUCACCACCAAAAAAAAGAAUAUUUGUUUCGCAACAAUAAUGGAUCAUCUCAGAGGUUAUGUAAUUGCACAACAGCAGUCUUGUUUUGUUUCGCAACAACAAGUCAGGGUGGACCACCUGAUAAGAAUGGAAUUGCGCAACCUGCUCUAACUAAGGUAGACCCGGGGGCGAUGGCCUUGGUAGACCUCUCCGUUAAGAAUCGGAUGAACAGUAGGUGGAAAUGGUUUGACUACGCAGUCGGAUGAGCAGUAGGUGGAAAUCGCGCCAAUAAAUAGUUCCCAUACAUCCAUCAAGUUAGUUUUGGUGAUUCAAUAGUGAAUGUACGAGUUGUCAUAGAGCUGCUCCAACAAAAAGGAGAACCGCAAAAAACCAAAAGAACCAGCAAGCAAACCCCAAGCCACACGAAGCGGCGAUGAGGCAGUAUUUUGCAAUGACCGUGAUGUGCUGCCAUGGCUUUGUGCUGCGUGCUUCCAAAAUGUCGCAGAGAGAUCUUUCAACCUUAUGGCCCACUCACUCGAUGGUUUCUGCAUAUAAUUUUCCGGAUUCCUAGCCUAUCGCUUCGUCUCGCUUGUAGUGUAUUGUAUAUGUACAUUAGAAAAAAAACGGCCUUGGGAAAAUAGUUGGCCUUAGGAAAAAAAAAUGGCCUUUGGAAAAAAGUUGGUCCUUAGAAAAAAACUUGCCUCGGGAAAAAAGGUGGGCUUUGGAGAAAAAGUUGGCCUUUUGUAAGAAAUGUUGGCUUUGGAUAAUCAAGUUCGACGCUGCCAGUCUAGGUUCUUAUUAUGUAUAGUGAUCAAUGAUCUUUUGUGGUUGUUGUUCUUACUUCUUCUGCAUCUGGUCUUCCGACUUGCAGCACUCGAAUUUUGGAGAUUCGUCGCAGUGUGAAUCUCCUGAAAAGUCACGGCUUAGAGGUGUGACGAAGGUCAUACCGCAAAAAUUUCAGAUCUUCAAGGCCUUAGAUUUAACAAAACCAACAACAACAAGAUCCGCGCGAUGUCGAUGCUUUUGCUUUGAACAAUACCAAAGAUGCCUUGUCCUGCUUCCGUUUGCGUCGAUCUCAGGCAUUAUUCAAGAUCUACCGCGCAUCUAUACGCCAAUCAGAUACAACAGGCCUCCUUGAGAAGCUUGAUCUAAGAAGCUCCGCUAGAGCUGUUAGCCACCUUGCAUUCCGCGUCGUAUAAGUCGAAAAUGUGCGCAGCUUUUUCGUUUCUUUGCAGGUUACAGCCACAGCAGUAGCCCAGUCAUACGGCGACGGGAAGCAUUUACUUUGGCUCUAACUUGUUCCACCAGAAAGGUGACAACGGUUGCCACAAAUAAGAGCACGAUAGAGAAAGAAGAGCUUCUUACUAGAGAAGAAAGCAAGGGGCCCGGCGCCUCAUCUGUUGCCUCCGUAGUUGAAUCAAGAAAAAUAGUACUCAGUGCACGAGGGGAGAACAACCAGAGAAGCCGGAGACAACUAGAGAAGCCGGAGACAACUAGAGAAGCCGAGAGAAAAGGCAGAGCCUCUAAUACCACCGACGCAGAGCUCGAAGGCGGGCAGCGAUAGCUGCACUGGGAACACCACAACAACCACCGCCACCCACCGAAAAGCGCCCGCGUCGCUUAUCGUGAACAGCUACAGCGGUAAGCAGCCACUGACGACAUUGCGUGGAUGGGCUGCACAGAUGCAGCAUCUGGGCGACUCUGUUCUAGGGUGGCAAGCUGCUUCUAUAGCCAUACUAGCUACCAACGCCUUCGGAAAUAUCGCGGCACUCUACAAGCACAGGGAAAGCCCAACGAGUCCACCCCAAAAGUUCUCGCCUGUUAUCAAGACGGAAGCGAAGCGCAGAAGCAGCCCAAUCACAUGCAAGGCAACAACAACACCAGCACAAUAGGAACCACAACGGCCCCAGCCACCACGCCGACAAGCAACAGCACACAGCAGAGCAGCGGCAGGCCGGUGCUUGGCAAAAAGCGCGCCGAGAAACAUGCAGCCAGCCCAGCUCUGAAAACUCGCACCGGCUUCAGCACUGCCACUGUGUGCCAUGAGUCCCAGCUCCGUGACGACGAUGAGGAGCGCAAGGAGGUGGCGCAUCUUCGCUAUUUAUCCCAGAAAGACAACGAAGGAGAAGACUUGCCAUACACCACAGGACAGCGCAAAACCCACGGGAGCCGUCUAGCAUUCUUGCAGACGGCCCCGGCGGAUUCCUUCGACAAGUCAACUCACAGCUCAAGGAGGCCGGCAAGGAUUGGGGCCUGCUCGUCGACGACGUAGAACAAACAGAGGAUGAGGAAGAGAAGCGGCAAGACCUCUCGCGCAGCAACGUCUUAGCGUCACUACGAAGCGCUCCCGACUGAGAGCCGUGCCACAAACAACCCAAGGCGGGAACGUGCAGCAGAGGAAGCCAGAAGCGCUCCACAUCUCAACUGGCGCUGCCUGUGUGUGCCCUGCAGACCUCUUAUGUGCUUCGACGCCGCAGCAGUGCGCCCGGCCCGGGUGUGGAAGGCGGCAAAAGGCGCAAGGCUGGACCCCCUGAGCCCGGUGGCCUGUACCCUCCGGGCCUUUGGUCAGCGGCCUGCUUGCUCGUGAGAGCGUGGCCGCCUUCGGCGGCCUUCAACCCCGGAGGCCUCCAGCCUGCGGGGGUCAGCAGAGGCCAGGAGGCCUCUAGGGAACCUGCUGAGAGACGCAAGGGGACGCCCGCGCCCAGUUUUGACGCCUUCCACCCCGAGAGCCCGCGAAAAUCAGCGCGGAAAAGAGCGCGCGAGCGCCACCGCAGGGCCAUCCAAACGGGGCGGCGCCGUGCGUCCCUGUAUCAUAUAUCGUGAUCCGUGAUCUUCUGCUGCUCUGAAUUACAUAGCCACUCCAGAAACUUGGCAUGAUGACACACUGAGCAUUAAUUUUUACAAGCUUUUCUGGUCGUUCGUUAACAAUAAUCCACUUCAUUACAUGCUGAGGAACAAAACCACAAACAUAAGUGAUUUGGCGCUUGUUUUGUUUAAUUUUCAUAGCUCAUUUUCGUGAGGGUGGAUUCUAAUUUCAAUCUGCGGGGGGCGAAUGAUGGCAUUGACGGGAGCAGGAAAAGGAAAGCGGUAAAAGCACUGGUCAAGAAGUGUGGACAACCUGCCUACAAUGCAUACGAAGCCAUCAAGGGCAAGGAACAAGGUGAGGGAGACACCGUUGUCGGAAAGAGGGACUUGCAGUCGAUGAUCGGCGCGGCAACCCGACAAGUGAAUCCGCAUGAAAAAGCCGUGGGUGAUCGCACCGACGGCGCCCACAAGGUCUCUCCUGAAGAGGUUCUAUCAUAUCAUUGUAUUGUAAUUAUUCAAGGCUGAGGAGGUUGCACACAAAGUAGAUGUGCGAACCUCAGUCUUGUUUGGACACGAUUCCUCAUUUAUCCGCAGUUCUGACGAAUUCUAAAACGAGUGUAGCAUCAAAAUGAAUUUCAUCUCUGAGCUUGUUUUAACGAUAAAUGCCUCACUAAAAAUGCGUAACAGGUCAAAUUGAAGCUCAGCGAGGUUGAUCCCGAAUAUGCCACCACCGACGAGAAGAAGAAAUUCAUGCUUGGUGAAACCCUCAAAAAAAUAGAGGACUUGUGCUGCACGCCAAGGGACCGCAAACAAACGGACGACUCCGCCUAUAUGGACCCGAUAUUGAGAAAUCAGAAGAUCUUGCUCAUCGAUCAGCGCAAACCUCGGCUCAUACAACCGCUACUUGAGUACAUCAUCAUGAUCCACCUUCUCAUCAUUUUCUCUAAAAGGAUCCAAGAAUUUACUGAGUCGUUUGACUUAGAUACAUGUAGAUACGACCCGAAGAGAACCAAUAUUUAUAAGUAAUGAAAGCGGGUAUCCUUCUGGGUGUAGAUUGCUUGAUAAGGCUCUAAAUAAUCACCUGCGGAACCGGAAGCACCGCCUUCACAUGGGACCGCGACUCGUCCGGCGGGGGCUGCGAUAGCUAAGCCGUCCAACCCGCCUGGUGGCACUCCAUAUGCCAUCGAGGGGCGGUCAAGUACGCAUCGCCAACACACAGCGCCCAAGGCAACGACGAUUAUGAUUGGGUGAUGUAGUCAUUAGCCUUACGCAAAGUCACAUUGUUUUUCAAAAGCUACCUUAAUAUUGAAUACUUUCGUAAAUCGUUUGUGUCUAGGUUUCACUAUGUGAGAAGUACUAAGAGAAACAAAGGUUUUUCAUGCCGGAAAAUAUCUUGUCAAUGUAAGUCAAAUACUCAUGGGUCUUUCUGGUAUUAAUUUGAUGCACAAAGUGAUCUUGAUCACACCUAACCCUCUGGCAUUUGUCUAACAAACAGCGGAUGCCUUUCCCAGAACGUCAAGGCGAUAGAGGUGAUGGGCCAGAAACAAGUGGUGGUGCAGGAGGUCCUAAGGCUAAGAUGCCAGGCGCAGGUGAAGAGAGAAGAGAAAAUGCUAGGUCAACAAAUGGGGGUGGGACGGGAGAAGGUGGCGACACAGAGGGGCGUAGUACACAAGCAAAAGGUCAUGAUAAACCAGCAGCAGUAGGUGGGAGUGUAAAAGAAGGUGCUGGACCAGGAAGAGGCGCUGGAUCAGGAAGAGGCGCUGGACCAGGAGGAGGUGCUGGACCAGGAGGAGGCGCUGGACCAGGAAGAGGCGCUGGACCAGGAGGAGGUGCUGGACCAGGCAGAGGUGCUAGACCAGGAAGAGGCGCUGGACCAGGAGGAGGUGCUGGACCAGGAAGAGGUGCUGGACCAGGCGAACAUGCGGCUCCUCAAAAUUCAGGUGCUGGUGGUGGUGGUAAGUCGGAAGGUCCAGGUGGUAAGCCAGAAGAUCGUAGAAAUGCUGAGUCAGGUGGAGGUGCAGGCGAUGGAGGAGGUGUUGGUGGGCCAGGAAGUAAUCCGACGCCAGGUGGAAGUGGUUCUUCAGGAGGUAGUGGUAGAUCAGCUGGAGCUGACAAAUCAGCAGGAAAAUCUCCGUCAAGCGGAGCAGGUAAGGGUGUCAACAAUGGUGAGAGUGCUCUGCCAAUAUCAGAGGCACCGGAGGGCACGUCGGUGGCAGCCGAGCCAGAGCUUCGCGCCAGAAGGUGUACGAGCGACAGUCAGAUCAUGGAUGCCUAUAUGAUCAUCCAUCCUCGACUGAGUAACCUACGCUAUCACAAACGGCAACACGAAGAGAAGUUUCAGAGAUUCAAAGACGAAGAGUAUGAACAUCUAGAUACCGUAUUUAGCAGGACUCCAAAUUGUCAGCCUAGUGAUCUGCGAUGGCAAAAUUUUGUCAAAGCAGAAGUGAAGACAUUCACGAAAGCGAUCAAGAAGUGCAAAAGGAGACAUACCAUGAAUGGAGAACGAAUGGUAAUCCCUGUCGGUGCCAAGUCCUGGGUGAAGUAUCUAGAAUACAGAGUCAGUGAAACGUCUCCUGGCAACAUAUGUUCUGUCGUUAGCGAAGAUUUGACGAAUUAGGAAAAUGGCCAAAAUCUAGAAAAUAUGUAUUCACUGUGAACAAACGAAAAAUAUAGUUACUUUAUAGUGCACCUUGCUAAUGCUGAAAAAUGUACUUAGACAAAAACCGCAACUUGAAGAUCGUGAAAAAUAGCUCAUCUUUUCUUCACAUCACGUUAAAAUGUAGCGAAAAGGAACAAUCAAUUUUUUGUAGAAAUCCAAAAUAUGUUUAUCUUCCAUGUUUGAUAGCUUUCAUCAAACCAAGUUGUUCUAGUCUGAUUGAGAAUUGAGCAGGAGAAUACCCAUGUACAGGCGAUGUACGAUAUCAAACCACAGCAUCAACGAGAACGCACAAAGAAUGAAUUUUUUCGAAUGGAUAUUUCGACCGUCGAUGACCAUGGUAACGAAAACUAGAGUGCCAUGACAAACUAGAGCGCCAUCAGCUCAGAACAAACUAGAUACCGUGCAACUACUCUGAACAGGUGAUAUGGGAUUUUAAAUUGUUGCUCAGGGACCUUAA